AGAAGGGACGGCAAGAGGCAUCGCUGUUGUGAAUCAUGACUCCUGUCGGCUUCAAAAGCCCUUCUCGGCGCUUCUUGGAAGAAGUUGCCAUCCACAUCGACAUUGGGACGCCUCAGCUUCAAGAACGAGCCCUUGGAGAGAAAGACUACCACCGAGAUGGUAUUCAAGCAAGAUGAGAAGCUCAGUUUGCCAGGCAAAGACGUAAUAUCGUGGUAUCUCCAAAACCCCCGGGUUCAAGACGAUAGGCAGAUAUACAUCGAUGCCCAAGAUCCGAGAAGAUACUAUACUUUUGCUCAAGCCAGAAGUACCAUACGGAAGCUCGUUGCUGGCUUCAGAAAAGCUGGUCUCCAGAAGGGAGAUACUGUCUGCUUACACAACUUCAAUGAUAUCAACUAUCCAAUCCUGGUCAACGGAAUCAUGGCAUUUGGCGGUAUCUUUGCUGGAACGAACCCUUCAUACCAGCCAUACGAGCUCGCCCAUGCCAUCAAGGCUGCGAAGAUCAAGUUCCUAGUGGUAGAGCCCGAGCUCAUCAAACACGCACUCAAGGCGGCCGACGAUGCUGGCAUCUCGAGGGAAAGAGUUCUAAAUUUUGACAACCGCCAAUGGCAGAAGAGCUGGGAUAACGCAGAGAGAUCGAAGAGGACAACAGCUGCACGCAUGUUUAGUAGCAGAACCACAGGCUUGCCCAAAGCUGCUAUGCUUACACACUAUAAUCUGAUUGCCCAGCAUGUCCAGAUCAACGACGACGUGCUAAUGGCCGAGCCGGAACGCCGACUCAUGUGCACUCCGAUGUUUCACGUCGCAACUUGCCCAUCAACUCAUUCCUCGCCCCUCAAGAAUGGAGUACAAACCUACGUCAUGAGAAGGUUCGAACUCGAAAGUUACUUCAAAUCUAUCGAAAAAUAUCAGAUCACCGACUGUGCCACUGUGCCGCCUAUGGUGCUUCAGAUCAUCAACUCUGAUUUGAAGGACAAGUACUCAAUGAAGAGCAUAAAGUUCGCGACAUGUGGUACUGCUCCACUGGAGGAGACACAACAAGCGAAGUUUCAAGCAUUACUUGCCGAUGGCGCUCCAUUUACACAAGUUUGGGGAAUGACAGAAACAAGCUGCAUCGCGACAAACUUCCCCUACCCCGAAGACGACGAUACCGGGAGCUGCGGACGUCCUGUACCCAACAUCGAGCUCAAGCUAUGCGACGUCGCAGACGAGAAGAAAGAAAUCACAGGCCAUGAUAUCCGUGGCGAGCUCUGCAUGCGAGGAGAUACUGUCAUCCCGGGAUACAUGGACGAGAAAGCCACCGCGGACUCCUGGGACAAAGACGGAUUCUUUCACACUGGAGACAUCGCCUACUGUGACGGCAAAACUGGGAAAUGGUACAUCGUCGACCGACAGAAGGAGUUGAUCAAGGUCCGAGGCUUUCCAGUAGCCCCUCCUGAUCUGGAAGCAGUCCUCCUCGAUCACCCCGGCAUCUCAGACGUUGGUGUCAUUGGCGUGGGGAAGGACAAGAAUUCCGACUCGGAGUUUGCCCGAGCGUACAUCGUGAGGAAGAAGAGCAGCGAAGGCAAGGGUCUAGAUGAGAAUGGUGUGUAUGAAUACAUGGGAUCGAAAUUGGCCAAGUUCAAGCGACCGGAUGGGGGUGUGGUGUUCUUGGGGACGAGAUUCGGCAAGAUCUUGAAGAAGAUGCCACGUGAGAAGGCUGCUGACGAAAUGAAGAAAGAACGUCAGAGGUCCAAGUUGUAG